GCUCCUUCCCUCCUAACUCCUCACUUCAUAGUGCCGCGUACUAAAAACAUCGGACGCUAGGGGAUCAAGACGCAUGCCACAUCGCCUCUAUGCGGGCACUUUAACAGAUCUUUCGGGGGGUUUUUUCACCCAGUCAGGGGGCCGUGGAGGGAGGACAUUUCACGUCCAUUGUCCGAUGACUCUUUGCACGGCUGAUUAUUGAGUUGAUUGUUUAUUAUUUCUGGCUGCCGUUCGCCCGCCGCCCUGCGCGUUUUUUUUUUUUUUUCUUUUGGAAAAAUCGGCGACCCGCACCGCGCUCACCAAUGUCCUAUCCUCAGGGUUACCUCUACCAGCCCCCGGGCUCGCUGGCUCUGUAUUCGUGUCCGGCGUACGGGGCCUCGGCUCUGGCUGCCCCGCGGAAUGAAGACUUGGCGAGGUCGUCCUCUGGCUCAGCCUUCAGCCCUUACCCCGGAUCGGCUGCUUUCUCCGCCUCGGCCGGCGCAGGCUUCUCCAGUCCACUGUCAUACUCCACGGAUCCAACUACGGGAUUCCCAUCCUACAUGAGCUCUCCAUAUGACGCACACACGACGGGCAUGGCGGGGGCGUUAAGUUACCACCCGUACGGGAGUCCGGGGUACCCCUACCAACUCAACGACCCGGCCUACCGCAAGAACGCCACCAGGGACGCCACGGCCACGCUGAAGGCCUGGCUGCAGGAGCACCGCAAGAACCCGUACCCGACCAAGGGCGAGAAGAUCAUGCUGGCCAUCAUCACCAAGAUGACCCUGACGCAGGUGUCCACGUGGUUCGCCAACGCCAGGCGGCGGCUCAAGAAGGAGAACAAGAUGACGUGGGCGCCCAGGAACAAGAGCGAGGACGAGGACGAGGAGGACGGCGACGGCGAGAGGAAGGAGGCGGAGCGCUCCGAGAAGAACCUGGACAACGGCGAGGCGUCGGCGGAUGACGAAGGUAUCAGCCUGCACGUCGACACUCUGACGGACCACUCCUGCUCCGCGGAGUCGGACGGGGAGAAGGUGAACUGCCGCGUGGGCGAGCUGGGCUCCGACCGGGUGCGCGACAAAUGCGACGACGACGAGGAGGAGGAGGACGAGGACGCGGAGGACGAGGAGGACCGGAACCACCGGAACCACCGGAGCCACCGGAGCCACCGGAGCCACGACCCGCGGGCGCAGCUCUCGCCCAAAGUCGUCGUCACGUCGUCGCCACUGACGGGGGUGGAGGCGCCGCUCCUCGGCCACCACCCGCACCACCAGCAGCACCACCUCCACCACCAGCACCUCCAGCACCUCCACCAGCUCCACAGCCAGCGCGAGGAUCUGGCCCGCGGCCUCGCCAGUGGCGGCGGCGGCGGCGGCGUCGUCGUCGGCGCCGGCAAACCGCCGCCGUGCCUCGACAGCAGGGCUCCCUCGGGGCCGCCCCCGAACCCCGCAGCGAAGCCCAAGCUGUGGUCGCUGGCGGAGAUCGCUACCUCGGACCAAAAGCAGCAACAUCAGCAACAGCAACCGGGGCAACCGAAUUGCCCCUCCUCCAGCGGGGGCCUCCUCACUCCCCCCACGCCUUCCGCCACCUCCCCGGCCGCCAGCUCCCCCUCCCUCUACCCGGCCCCCUCCAUCCUCGGAAGACCUAUUUAUUACACGUCUCCCUUUUAUAGCAAUUAUACAAACUAUGGCAACUUCGGGCCCCUGCAGGGCCAGGGGAUCCUGCGCUACACUAACUCGUCUGGAGUGAGUCUGGCCGCCGCCGCCGCCGCCGCCGCCGCCGCUGCUGCUGCAAGCGAGGGUCUGAGCGCCCCUCACCAGGCUCUGGAGGCGAGCACGAACCCCAAGCACAGGCCAGACUCCCCCCUCGUUAAAAAUAACCCGAACCAGAUUGUUGUUGUCGAGCAGCAGCAGCAGCAACAGCAGCAUUUCAGACUCGCAAAUUCAGAAGCGAAGAAAGGUACGUAAUGAGACCCCCCCCCCCCCCG